UGUGUUGAGAUUAUAAAGAAAUUUGACAACUAUUGAUUACACCCUUAAAAGCAAUUGCAGAAAAUGAAUAAUUAAUUGGAACUAUCGAUCCAGAAUCUAACAACCUAUUAUUUGAAUUCCUCGCUAUUCUGCCAACAUAUUCGAUCGCACGGUCCUGGGACACACGCUGCUGAAGUAGAGCUCUGCAUCUCGCGGCUGUAUUGCGCGCUCUCCACACAGGGAUUUUCCGAACAGAACAAGAUACCCCGUUUCGAAAUCGGACGUGUUUGAUUAUAAAUCUUGAGAAGGACCAUCAUAAAGAGGUGACAAAAUGUCGAUUCAUCUUAGUUUUAGUUGACUUACAGAUAACACAAUAUCAAGUGGUUUUUGAAGUAGUGUUGAUUCAAGGAAUCAACAUGGGAGGCUGUGGUUCUAAGAAAGCGGACCAGAAGGACACUCUGCUAGAGAGUAUAGAAGCUCAUGAGAAGGGUAUUAAUUGUAUGGCGCUAAGUGAAGAUGGCUCAGUGCUGGCUACAGGAAGCGAAGACAAAUCUUUACGGCUCUGGUGUACCAAAACCAGCCAGUGUGAGUGUAUAGGGACUCUGAGGGGCCACGAGGACUACAUCACAUGUAUACUGAUCGAGGAUUGCUACGUGCUGACCGGAAGUGCUGAUAAAACACUUCGAAAAUGGGAUGUGAGUACUCUGGAAUGCGUGCUGGUUUGUCGCGGCCACACGUCCGUCAUUUACCGUAUGAUCUGUACGGGGGACUUCAUAUUCACGAGUUCCUACGACCGGACGGCAAGGUGCUGGGACUUUGACAACGGCGAGUGCUUGCGUGUGUUCAGGGGACACAAGCGAGGUGUGUACCCCCUGAUAUUCAUUCCGGCUGACGAUGACGAAAUGGACGAUGACAUGGACCCGGACGGAAGUAAGGACAUUCUAAUUACCGGAUCCGCGGACUGUACCGCCAGAUCCUGGAAUUUCGAAACAGGGCAGUGUCUGAAGGUGUUUAAAGGAAAGGACCGGGACGGAAACAAUGUGGGUCAUACCGGGGCGAUCACGUGUAUGGCCACUGAUGCCCUCGGGAGAAUCUUGUUCACCGGAAGUACGGACACCACGGUUAGAAGUUGGAACCUUCUUCGGGGGGAGCAGCUGAAGGUUUUCUCGGGUCACACCGGUUCUGUCAUCUGUAUGCAGAUCGUUAAUAAAAUCAUGUACACCGGAAGUUCGGACCAUACUGCGCGCGCAUGGGUUACAGAAUUUGGUGACUGCACCAGGGUAUUCAAAGGUCACAAGCACACUGUUAGUGUGGUGAAAGUCAAGGACGGGCUAGUGUACACGGGUUCUGGGGAUUGUUCGAUAAGAAGCUACGAUGCCAAGUCGGGCGACGUGAAAAAAGUUUUUGUCGGUCACGACUUUGCAGUUACCGCCCUUGAGGUCGUUGGAGGAAAGCUGUUCACUGGGUCCUAUGACGGGUUCCUGAAAGUUUGGGACUCUACGGGAAUCAAGGACGACACCACUUUUGGAAAGGAGGAGAAGAAAGAGGAGAAGAAGGACAAGGACAACAAACAGCAGAAAGUGGACAGCAAUCAAAACGGCAUCGACAACAAGAUCAUGAUAGACUGAGGUAGCGAGGUCAAGCUCGUCAAUGGCGGACUAUAGUAUUGAUGCCACGACUGCAUACACAGUCCAACACCAAACGGUCUCCUGAUUGGAAAAAAAAACAUAUUGUAGAAUCUUUUUCUGACUCAUACAUUAUUAUUCAUUUCAAACAUGUACAUGUAUUUUUCUAUAUAUAAGCUUCAUUUUUUGGACAGUCUCGUUGAUUGAGGGCCGGGGAGAUGCCCAUGUGACGCCCCUUGUAUCGAUGAUAGAUUUGACGCAUUUGUCUCCCUUUAUCUUGAAUCACCGUUUUAAUGAGACUGGGCCGUUUCGAGGCACUGGGUUAUUUUACCUGUAUAUAGGUAUAAAAAUGACAAUCGUGUUUUAUCCUCGUCUUGAUGAUUUGUUAUUCCGUUUUUGGUUGUUGUAGCACGUGGUGAGCUAAGCCAGGCAAACAGUUCACGUGAAUCUCAUCAAUUAUGAACAAUGUGUAUGGAUUUCUUUUUCCAUCAGUUAUUCUGGGUUACAUUCUACUGAUUCAGCGUUACCCGUACAAAACUUGUGUAUUUAUUGGACAAGAAGCCCGAUAUCUGGACGUGGUUGUAGCGUUAUUGCAUGGGUUAUUUAUGGUUAUCUGUUCUGUUGAACACUUUUAUCAUUUCCGUCCAAUGUGGAUGAAUUGGUCUGAGUUAUAUCUCCUUUGGUUUUCUGUGCAUCUCCUUGAUUUUUUUAUGUGUAUGUAUGCACAAAAAUAUAUAUUUUAUCGCUGUUUUCUGGUACAGAAUGCAUUUUUCCUUGUUUAUCUAUCAUGACUGUAUAUGAUUAUAAAAUAUUUAUAACAUUAAGCAUAUCAAUUUAACCGUCCAAAUAUGCGUGUAUUUCUAUUUAAGUAAGACAAUUCGCUCCCUUCUUGGCAAAAGCAAUUACCUCGGUUUUCAAAUAGUGUGAUGAUCAAUCGGUGUCCAAACAUAUUAUUUUCUGGCUUUAGGUAGUCCACUCUAAAGCCGUAAUGUUUUAGUCAUCGAGUAAAAUUAUUGAUAUACGAAGGGGCAGGGAGUCAUUGACUACUGUCCAUGAAGAAAUAUGAAGAGCAGUAAAUUCUUGUUCGUAAGACACCUGCAUGGGAAAAAGGGAAUGUUUUGCUUCGAUAGAAAAACACAUUGAUGCAGCUAAACCUAGCUGGUAUCAUUCGACCAUUUAUAAGAGGCAAAGUGUACAGCAGUUUUCUUUGUUACAUGUAUUGUAUUUGUGUAUAAACAUAUCACGAACGGCAAACCUGCUGUCUCUAUAUUUAUUAGAUGACGUAGCUAUUUUUAUUUCAUGUUCUGAAUUCUAAUUUCAGUGGGUAGUUUUACCAAAUGUAUACUUAAUGUGCAAUAUAUAUAUAUAUAUUUUCAAUCAGAUUGUUCAUGUUAAGGAGGCUAGAUGGCUGUAGUCAUUUUAUAGUAUUUUUCUACCUCCGGACAAAAUAAGAAUUUGGUAACUGUUCACUAUAUUUGUAUAUGUGUGAUUUGGAAAACAAUAUCAUCAAAUUAACAGAAUAGAAGUGAAUUUAAUCGUGCAGAGUUGUCAAUUGUGAUUGAUGAAGCAUAUUUAAUUUGAAGAAGAUGAAAUUGUUUGCCACCCAGCCUCUUUGUAGUAAAUCUAGGUCCAAAUCAUUACCUGCACCAUACGUAUUUGCAGUGUCGCCGCACUUUUGCUGCGCUGGGAAAUCUGGAAAACUCUUGAUAUGUCAUACAGAACUGAUGAUUUGCACACGAUUCAGUUCAAGUUCGAGCAAGAUGCUGGUCUCUGGAUGUCGUAAUAACUACAAAUGUACUUGUUGUCCCUCUUGUAAAUUCAUACUGCUAAUUAGACUGUGAUAUUAAGCUAGAUUUUGAGGAGCCAUUAUUUAUUAAUUUUCCCUUGUUAUCCUCUAUUUUGUGAUAAAUAAAUGUUAAGUAAGAA